UCCAGGUUCGCAAAGUUGAUUCUUUCUCUCUUUAUCUUUCUUUCCCCAAGUUGUGAGUGUUAUUGUUGAAUCAAUUGGAUUGGCAUUAAGUUGAUCUGAAAUACGUAAUUGACAUGGUGAGCGCGAUGGUAGAGGAUGCGAACUUCGAAGAUGACCAGCUCGCGAAUAUGACCAUCGACGACAUUGUCAGAGCUUCUCGUCUUCUCAACAACGAGAUUCGCAUCCUUAAGGAAGAGUUGCAGAGGACCAAUUUGACAUUGGAAUCAUACAAGGACAAGAUCAAGGAGAAUCAGGAGAAGAUUAAGCUCAAUAAGCAGUUGCCCUACCUCGUUGGUGACAUCGUUGAGGUACCUAUAUUGUUUGUUUCUCUGUUUUGCAUGUUGUAG